AUGCUUUCACGAGUAUUACGAUAUAAAUUCCUGCGCCAGCCCGGCGCUGGACUAGCUACGGUUUCUUAUCGAAAAGACCGUGUAUCUCUUUGGAUGCAGGAAGCGAAGCGACAGCAGGAAGCACAAUUGUUGGUCACACAGGAUGCAUUAGAACGUGCAGAGCCGCUGGAGUUGGCUGUGCAAUCUCCGGCGGGACAAACUUUUGUCUUUCGCGGCGUGACUGGCGUAUCUACCAGCAUUGAUGUGCUUAAACAUAUGAAGGAAUUAGAUCUACCCAAAUUCCAGGCAUUGGCUUCAAUGAUGAAAGACACAGGUGAGGUACUGGACCUGCAAACGCCAUUAGAACGCUCAGGGACAUUACAAUUACUUGACUUUUCGAGCGACGAAGGCAAGAGCAUUUUUUGGCACUCGUCAGCCCACGUACUGGGUCAGGCGCUAGAGAACAAGUUUGAAGAUAAAAUUCGACUUACGGAUGGUCCGUCACUAAAAGAAGGAGGUUUCUUUUACGAAAUGUUUCUACAGGACGGACUCACGGUAUCUGAAGCGGACUUUGACGCGCUUCAUCGUGGUGUUAAGAAUAUAGUAAAGGCCAGGCAGCCAUUUGAACGGCUUCUGGUGACACGCAAAUUUGCAGAACAAUUGUUCGAAUACUCCGAAUUUAAAAGAGACAUGAUGCAAACGAUUCCUGACGGAGAGGCUAUCUCACUUUAUCGUUGUGGUCCACUUAUUGACCUCUGUCGUGGUCCUCACGUUCCUCAUACUGGUAUGCUAUCAUCCUUUGAAAUCACGCGAUGUGGCGCGUCGCAUUGGAAAGGCAAGGAACUGCUGCAGCGCGUUUACGCAAUCUCGUUUCCCAACAACGCACAGCUCGUGGAGUGGCGUACUUCACAAGAAGAAGCGAGAAAACGUGAUCAUCGUCUUAUCGGCCAUGCGCAGCAACUCUUUAUGUUUCAUCCACUCAGCCCUGGAUCGUCUUUUUUCUUGCCUCAUGGGACCCGAGUGUUUAAUGCACUUGUUGACUUUAUUCGUGGGGAGUAUCGCCGUCGUGGAUACAGCGAAGUUAUUUCGCCAUUGAUUUUCAAAAAGGAAUUGUGGGAGACGUCGGGUCAUCUCAAGAAUUAUCACGAUGAUAUGUUUAUGGUCACGCAGGGAAUUGCCACUGAUUCUAAAACAUGUCAAGGGCAUGGCCGUGAAUUUGAAGAGGAGACCGAUCAAUUUGGCAUGAAACCUAUGAAUUGUCCAGGGCACUGUCUGAUUUUUCGAGAGGCACAGACUUACUCAUAUCGCGAUUUACCCGUGCGUCUAGCUGAUUUUUCGGCACUUCACCGAAACGAGGCGUCUGGUGCUCUCACAGGACUCACGCGUGUUCGUCGCUUUCACCAAGACGAUGCACAUAUUUUCUGUACGGCUGCUCAAGUCCAAUCAGAGAUUUUACAAGCUUUAGACUUUAUUAAACACGUGUACGGCAUUUUCGAUUUCUCAUUUAAUCUACGCUUUUCAACUCGUCCUGACCAUUACAUGGGAGAGUUGGAGCUGUGGGAUGACGCUGAAGAUCAAUUGCAAGUGGCUUUAGAUAAAUUUGGAGAACCUUGGAGCGUCAAUGAAGGCGAUGGUGCGUUCUACGGUCCCAAGAUUGAUGUCGUUGUGACGGAUGCUUUAAACCGCCAACACCAGUGUGGCACGAUCCAGCUGGACUUUCAACUACCGAUCAACUUUGAGCUUAAAUACGAUGGUCCUGACGGAAAGCCACACACUCCGAUUAUCAUACACCGUGCUGUGCUAGGAUCAAUUGAGAGAAUGAUGGCCAUCCUCAUCGAGCAUACGGGUGGCAAGUGGCCAUUGUGGCUUAGUCCUCGCCAAAUUGCUGUGUUGCCCAUCGCAGAGGCACACCAUAAUUAUGCUAAUGAGGUUGCGAGCAAACUGCAGAAUGUAUCCCAUCGUGGUUUGUUUGUGGAUGUCCGAGACGGCAGCAAGACAUUGAACAAGCGAGUGCGUGAGGCACAAGUGUUGGGGUAUAACUAUAUUCUCGUUGUAGGCGACAAGGAACAAAGCUCUAACAAGGUCAAUAUUCGCACCCGUGACAAUAAGGUGCAUGGUGCAAAGCCCCUAACGGACUUUAUUGAAGACAUUAAAGCUGCUAUUGAUCGUUUGGAGUAA